GAGUCCUAUUUCUGAUACUUUAAAGAAGAACAAAAACAACUAAAACAUUGUUUUUCUUUUGCAAGAUGCACAGAUAUCAGGUCAAAGGUGAGGUGACGUUUGGCGUCCUUGGUGUCCACGUCCACAUCUGGGUAAAAACAUUUCACGAAACAAACACAGGACCAAGAGAAGAGGAGCAAACAUGCAUGAGGUGAUAAUUAUCUCCCAGUGACCUGCAGCCAUGAGGAUCCUGCCUCUGCCUCUGCUUCUCUGUGGCUUGAUGCUUCUGAGCAGCGUUAAUGAGAUCAAUGGACAUAGAACUUACUGCCCUCAUGGUUGGCGUCUGAUCCAUGGACGCUGUUUCAAGUAUGUCCCGAGACGUAUGACUUGGGCCAAAGCUGAGAGAAAUUGCAUUUCCAUGGGAGGAAACCUUGCAUCUGUGCACAGUUCUGAUGAAUACCAUGGGAUUCAGGGGCUCAUUUUGCAGGUCACACAUGAGAUGAGAGAAGCGUGGAUCGGCGGCACUGAUGCAGCUGAGGAAAAUCAUUGGCAUUGGUCUGAUGGGACGCUGAUGACGUUUACAUACUGGUGUCCCGGAGAACCCAACAAUCAUGCUUAUCACCAGCACUGCAUGCAAAUGAAUUUCUCAGGAGAAAAGUGCUGGGACGAUUACAGAUGUACGGUCCGCCUACCCUCUGUCUGCGUUUUGAAGAAAUGAAGCAGGGCUGAGCUGAAGACAUGAAGAAUCUUCCUCAUUUCACGUCUUUUAUUUUCCAUCUAUGCUGCUUGACGGAUGACGCGACGCAGCACAUCGACAGAGGAACUCUGUCUUGCUUCUCAUGCGAUCAGAACAAAUGUACUGUAACGUAACUCCUUCAUGUACUUUCUUGCUGA